GAUGACCCCAUGGCCAUGACCACGCACGAGCUGCCCAGCUCUGCUGUCGCCUUCUCGGUGACAGGGCUGUCCCCAGGCCGCCCCUUCGAGCUGCUGGUCCAGGCGCGGCGGGGGCCGCACCUGGGGGCACCCGGGGUCCUGCGUCUGCGCACAGCACUCACCGCGUCUGUGCCCCACCAUGAGGGGUCCCCGGGGUCGCCUCAGGGCUCCCUGGGGUCCCCAGCAGUGGCACCAUCAGCCCGAGGACCCCCAGAAUCCCCAGGGUCCCCAGGGUCACCGGUGUCACCCAUAUCACCAGACUUGGGGUCACCCGGGUCUUUGGGAUCCCAAGCACCCCCCAAGGUUCCAGCAUCUCCAGCAGCUCGAGGGUCCCUGGGAUCGCCAGCACCCGCGAGGUCACCGGUGUCACCAGAAUCCCCGGGGUCACCGGUGUCACCAGAUUUCCCAGGGUCACCAGUGUCACCAGAAUCCCCAGGGUCACCGGUGUCACCAGGUUUCUCAGUGUCACCAGAGUCCCCAGAGUCCCCAGAGCUGCCAGUGUCCCCAGAGUCCCCAGCGUUCCCAGGGUCCCCUCCACCCCCGUGGUCCCCAGUGUCCCCGUGGUCCCCCCUGUCCCCAGGCAUCCCCUCCCUGCAGGACCUGCUGGCCCGGCUGUCCCCGUACAGCGGCUCCCUGCUCCAGCGCCUCGAGAGCCACCUCCGGGCCACCAACUUCCCUCUGCGUGACAACCAGACCGUGCCAGAGGUGGCCCGUGCCAUCCUGGCCUACAUCCUGCGGCGGCACCCGAGCCUGGGGACAGCACAGGGACGCACGGGGGAGGGUGGAAACCAGGUGCCAGUGCUGGAAUGGGGGGACUUGGACAGGAUGAAGCUGACGGAACCAUGGAGGGACGUGGGGAAAGCAGCUGAGCCAGAAGAGCAGCGUCCAUCCCGACCAGUCCUGGGUGACCUCAGUGUCACCAGCAGCACCCCCAGCUCUGUGCAGCUGCACUGGAGCGUCCCCGAGGGCUCCUUUGACUCCUUCACGCUGCAGUACCGGGAUGCCCAGGGCCAGCCCCAGGCCCUGCCCAUCGAUGGCGGGUCCCGCUCGGUGACAGUGCCAGGGCUGUCCCCGUCCCGCCGCUACCGCUUCCACCUCUACGGGCUGCGGGGUGAGAAGAGGGUCGACCGUGUCUCCAUUGACGUCAUGACAGGUGAGGAGGAACCCCAUGAGAAAUCCCAACCUGAGCCCCUGGCAUCUGAGGCACUCCCAGCACGGGCAGAGCUGGGGGAGAUGAGGGUCUCCAGUGUCACCCCCAGCUCUGUGCAGCUGCACUGGAGCGUCCCCGAGGGCUCCUUUGACUCCUUCACGCUGCAGUACCGGGAUGCCCAGGGCCAGCCCCAGGCCCUGCCCAUCGAUGGCGGGUCCCGCUCGGUGACAGUGCCAGGGCUGUCCCCGUCCCGCCGCUACCGCUUCCACCUCUACGGGCUGCGGGGCAGGAAGAAGAUCGACCAUGUGUCCACUGAGGCUGUGACAGGUACAGGGGAAGGUCAGGGGGGUGAGGGUGCCCCCGUGGGGCAGGCAGUGCUGGGGGAGCUGAGGGUCUCGAGAGUCAGCCCCAGCUCUGUGCAGCUGCACUGGAGCGUCCCCGAGGGCUCCUUUGACUCCUUCACGCUGCAGUACCGGGAUGCCCAGGGCCAGCCCCAGGCCCUGCCCAUCGAUGGCGGGUCCCGCUCGGUGACAGUGCCAGGGCUGUCCCCGUCCCGCCGGUACCGCUUCCACCUCUAUGGGCUGAGGGGCAGGAAGAAGAUUGACCAUGUGUCCACCGAGGCUGUGACAGGUACAGGGGAAGAUGAGGAAGAGGAAGGGUGGCUGGAUGCCACUCCAGCAAAGGCAGCGCUGGAAGACCUGAGGGUCUCGAGUGUCAGCCCCAGCUCUGUGCAGCUGCACUGGAGCGUCCCCGAGGGCUCCUUUGACUCCUUCACGCUGCAGUACCGGGAUGCCCAGGGCCAGCCCCAGGCCCUGCCCAUCGAUGGCGGGUCCCGCUCGGUGACAGUGCCAGGGCUGUCCCCGUCCCGCCGCUACCGCUUCCACCUCUACGGGCUGAGGGGCAGGAAGAAGAUCGACCAUGUGUCCACCGAGAAGCCCAAAACUGAGUCCCCGGCAUCUGAGGCACUCCCAGCAAGAGCAGCGCUGGGGGAGCUGAGGGUCUCCAGUGUCACGCCCAGCUCUGUGCAGCUGCACUGGAGCGUCCCCGAGGGCUCCUUUGACUCCUUCACGCUGCAGUACCGGGAUGCCCAGGGCCAGCCCCAGGCCCUGCCCAUCGAUGGCGGGUCCCGCUCGGUGACAGUGCCAGGGCUGUCCCCGUCCCACCGGUACCGCUUCCACCUCUAUGGGCUGAGGGGAGGCAAAAGGAUUGACCGUGUGUCCACCGAGGUCAUGACGGCUCCCACAUCUGAGGCCACUCCAGCAAAGGCAGAGCUGGCGGAGCUGAGUGUGUCCAGUGUCAGCCCCAGCUCUGUGCAGCUGCACUGGAGCGUCCCCGAGGGCUCCUUUGACUCCUUCACGCUGCAGUACCGGGAUGCCCAGGGCCAGCCCCAGGCCCUGCCCAUCGAUGGCGGGUCCCGCUCGGUGACAGUGCCAGGGCUGUCCCCGUCCCGCCGGUACCGCUUCCACCUCUAUGGGCUGCGGGGCAGGAAGAAGAUUGACCAUGUCUCUAUUGACAUUAUCACAGGUGAGAUGGAAGCUAAUGAAGAACCCUGGCCCUCAGAGGAACCGCAAGCUGGGGAGCUGAGUGUGUCCAGUGUCAGCCCCAGCUCUGUGCAGCUGCACUGGAGCAUCCCCGAGGGCUCCUUUGACUCCUUCACGCUGCAGUACCGGGAUGCCCAGGGCCAGCCCCAGGCCCUGCCCAUCGAUGGCGGGUCCCGCUCGGUGACAGUGCCAGGGCUGUCCCCGUCCCGCCGCUACCGCUUCCACCUCUACGGGCUGAGGGGCAGGAAGAAGAUUGACCACGUCUCUAUUGACAUUAUCACAGCAGCUGCCCCCACAUCUGAGGCACUCCCAGCACGGGCAGUGCUGGAAGACCUGAGGGUCUCAAGUGUCACCCCCAGCUCUGUGCAGCUGCACUGGAGCGUCCCCGAGGGCUCCUUUGACUCCUUCACGCUGCAGUACCGGGAUGCCCAGGGCCAGCCCCAGGCCCUGCCCAUCGAUGGCGGGUCCCGCUCGGUGACAGUGCCAGGGCUGUCCCCGUCCCACCGGUACCGCUUCCACCUCUACGGGCGGAGGGGCAGGAAGAAGAUUGACCAUGUGUCCACCGAGGCUGUGACAGGUAAGGGGGGAUCCCCGGCAUCUGAGGCACUGCCAGCACGAGCAGCGCUGGGGGAGCUGAGGGUCUCCAGUGUCAGCCCCAGCUCUGUGCAGCUGCACUGGAGCGUCCCCGAGGGCUCCUUUGACUCCUUCACGCUGCAGUACCGGGAUGCCCAGGGCCAGCCCCAGGCCCUGCCCAUCGAUGGCGGGUCCCGCUCGGUGACAGUGCCAGGGCUGUCCCCAUCCCAGUGGUACCGCUUCCACCUCUGUGGUUUGCAGGGAAGGAAGAAGAUUGACCGUGUGUCCACCGAUAAACCCCAAACUGAGGCCCCCACAUCUGAGGCCACUCCAGCAAAGGCAGUGCUGGAAGACCUGAGGGUCUCCAGUGUCACCCCCAGCUCUGUGCAGCUGCAGUGGAGCGUCCCCGAGGGCUCCUUUGACUCCUUCACGCUGCAGUACCGGGAUGCCCAGGGCCAGCCCCAGGCCCUGCCCAUCGAUGGCGGGUCCUGCUCGGUGACAGUGCCAGGGCUGUCCCCGUCCCGCCGCUACCGCUUCCACCUCUACGGGCUGAGGGGCAGGAAGAAGAUUGACCAUGUGUCCACCGAGGCUGUGACAGGUAAGGGGGAAGGUCAAGAGGAGGGGUGGGCACUGCCAGCACGAGCAGCGCUGGGGGAGCUGAGGGUCUCCAGUGUCACCCCCAGCUCUGUGCAGCUGCACUGGAGCGUCCCCGAGGGCUCCUUUGACUCCUUCACGCUGCAGUACCGGGAUGCCCAGGGCCAGCCCCAGGCCCUGCCCAUCGAUGGCGGGUCCCGCUCGGUGACAGUGCCAGGGCUGUCCCCGUCCCGCCGGUACCGCUUCCACCUCUACGGGCUGAGGGGCAGGAAGAAGAUCGACCAUGUGUCCACCGAGGCCCCCAAAACUGAGUCCCCGGCAUCUGAGGCACCCCCAGCAAGAGCAGCGCUGGGGGAGCUGAGGGUCUCCAGUGUCAGCCCCAGCUCUGUGCAGCUGCACUGGAGCGUCCCCGAGGGCUCCUUUGACUCCUUCACGCUGCAGUACCGGGAUGCCCAGGGCCAGCCCCAGGCCCUGCCCAUCGAUGGCGGGUCCCGCUCGGUGACAGUGCCAGGGCUGUCCCCGUCCCGCCGCUACCGCUUCCACCUGUAUGGGCUGAGGGGCAGGAAGAAGAUUGACCAUGUGUCCACCGAGGCUGUGACAGGUGAGGGGGGAGCCCCCACAUCUGAGGCCACUCCAGCAAAGGCAGAGCUGGCGGAGCUGAGUGUGUCCAGUGUCAGCCCCAGCUCUGUGCAGCUGCACUGGAGCGUCCCCGAGGGCUCCUUUGACUCCUUCACGCUGCAGUACCGGGAUGCCCAGGGCCAGCCCCAGGCCCUGCCCAUCGAUGGCGGGUCCCGCUCGGUGACAGUGCCAGGGCUGUCCCCGUCCCGCCGCUACCGCUUCCACCUCUACGGGCUGAGGGGAGGCAAAAGGAUUGACCGUGUGUCCACCGACACUGUCACAGCUCAGGACCACCAACCUGAGCACUCCCAAACUGAGGCCCCCUCAGCACAGGCAGUGCUGGGAGACCUGAAGGUGUCCAGUAUCACACCUGAGUCUGUGGGGCUGCACUGGAGCGUCCCCGAGGGCUCCUUUGACUCCUUCACGCUGCAGUACCGGGAUGCCCAGGGCCAGCCCCAGGCCCUGCCCAUCGAUGGCGGGUCCCUCUCGGUGACAGUGCCAGAGCUGUCCCCGUCCCACCGGUACCGCUUCCACCUCUAUGGGAUGCACAGAGGCAAAAGGAUUGACCACAUUUCCAUUGACAUCAGGACAGCCCCACCAUCUGAGGACAACCAACCUGAGCACCCCGAAACAGACGUCCCCCUGGCACGGGCAGUGCUGGGGGAGCUGAGGGUCUCCAGUGUCACCCCCAGCUCUGUGCAGCUGCACUGGAGCGUCCCCGAGGGCUCCUUUGACUCCUUCACAUUGCAGUACCGGGAUGCCCAGGGCCAGCCCCAGGCCCUGCCCAUCGAUGGCGGGUCCCGCUCGGUGACAGUGCCAGGGCUGUCCCCGUCCCGCCGGUACCGCUUCCACCUCUACGGGCUGCGGGGCAGGAAGAAGAUUGACCAUGUGUCCACCGAGGCUGUGACAGCCCCGGCAUCUGAGGCACUCCCAGCACGGGCAGCGCUGGAAGACCUGAGGGUGUCGAGUGUCAGCCCCAGCUCUGUGCAGCUGCACUGGAGUGUCCCCGAGGGCUCCUUUGACUCCUUCACAUUGCAGUACCGGGAUGCCCAGGGCCAGCCCCAGGCCCUGCCCAUCGAUGGCGGGUCCCGCUCGGUGACAGUGCCAGGGCUGUCCCCCUCCCACCGCUACCGCUUCCACCUCUACGGGCUGAGGGGCAGCAAAAAGAUUGACCAUGUGUCCACCGAUACUGUCACAGCUCCAGCCAAGACAGAGGAGCUGCCCCUGACCUCAGAGGACCCUGAAACUGAGGCCAUCUCAUCUGAGGCACUCCCAGCACGGGCAGUGCUGGAAGACCUGAGAGUCUCCAGUGUCAGACCUGACUCUGUGCAGCUGCACUGGAGCGUCCCCGAGGGCUCCUUUGACUCCUUCACGCUGCAGUACCGGGAUGCCCAGGGCCAGCCCCAGGCCCUGCCCAUCGAUGGCGGGUCCCGCUCGGUGACAGUGCCAGGGCUGUCCCCGUCCCGCCGCUACCGCUUCCACCUCUACGGGCUGAGGGGUGGGAAAAGGAUUGACCAUGUGUCCACCGAUCCCCAAACUGAGCAGCCCCAAACUGAGUCCAACCAGGGACAGGUGGUGCUGGGGAAGUUGAGGGUCUCCAGUGUCAGCCCCAGCUCUGUGCAGCUGCACUGGAGCGUCCCCGAGGGCUCCUUUGACUCCUUCACGCUGCAGUACCGGGAUGCCCAGGGCCAGCCCCAGGCCCUGCCCAUCGAUGGCGGGUCCCGCUCGGUGACAGUGCCAGGGCUGUCCCCGUCCCACCGCUACCGCUUCCACCUCUACGGGCUGCGGGACAGGAGGAGGAUUGCCCGCGUCUCCACCGAUGUUGUCACAGCCGAAGCCCCUCCAUCUGCAGCCCCCACGGCACGGGCAGCACUAGGAGAGCUGAGGGUCUCGAGUGUCAGCCCCAGCUCUGUGCAGCUGCACUGGAGCGUCCCCGAGGGCUCCUUUGACUCCUUCACGCUGCAGUACCGGGAUGCCCAGGGCCAGCCCCAGGCCCUGCCCAUCGAUGGCGUCCCUCCCGUGACAGUGCCAGGGCUGUCCCCGUCCCGCCGCUACCGCUUCCACCUCUACGGGCUGAGGGGAGGCAAAAGGAUUGACCGUGUGUCCACCGACGCUGUCACAGUUGUGUCCCCAUCAACCGACACCCCCCUGGCACGGGCCGUGCUGGGAGACCUGAGGGUCUCCAGUGUCAGCCCCAGCUCUGUGCAGCUGCAGUGGAGCGUCCCCGAGGGCUCCUUUGACUCCUUCACGCUGCAGUACCGGGAUGCCCAGGGCCAGCCCCAGGCCCUGCCCAUCGAUGGCGGGUCCCGCUCGGUGACAGUGCCAGGGCUGUCCCCGUCCCGCCGCUACCGCUUCCACCUCUACGGGCUGAGGGGCAGGAAGAAGAUUGACCAUGUGUCCACCGAGGCUAUCCCCCAGUUGUGUCCCCAUCAACCGACACCCCCCUGGCACGGGCAGUGCUGGAAGACCUGAGGGUCUCCAGUGUCAGCCCCCAGCUCUGUGCAGCUGCACUGGAGCGUCCCCGAGGGCUCCUUUGACUCCUUCACGCUGCAGUACCGGGAUGCCCAGGGCCAGCCCCAGGCCCUGCCCAUCGAUGGCGGGUCCCGCUCGGUGACAGUGCCAGGGCUGUCCCCGUCCCGCCGCUACCGCUUCCACCUCUACGGGCUGCGGGGUGGGAUCAGGACUGACCACGUCUCCACCGAGGCCGUCACUGGCAUCCCGGGGAGCCUCUGGGUGGGCUCGGUGUGGCCCCACAGCGCCCGCCUGCACUGGGACCCCAAAAACGACCCCAUUGAUGGCUACGAGCUGGAGUACGGCCCCAAAGGGGGACCCCAAAAGAGCCUGUGGCUGCCCCCCGAGGCCAGGUCCCACGAGCUGUGGGGCCUGGAGCCCGCGGCGCGUUACGGGGUGCGCUUGUGGGGCCGGGGGGGACACCCCGAAACCGAGGCCCCCCUCGAGGCCGCCUUUGAGACGCGUGAGUCGUGGGGGCGCCGUGGGGGCGCCCCGGGAUUUUGUUGCCCCGCAGCCCCCCUGGCUCACCCGCACCCCCGGGACUGCGCCGAGGAGCAGCGGAACGCGCCCGGCCCCUCCCGCGCCGCCCUCAUCUUCCUCAGCGGGGACCCGGCCCGGCCCCUGCGCGUCUUCUGCGACAUGGACACGGCCGGGGGCGGCUGGCUGGUGUUCCAGCGGCGCCAGGACGGCGGCACCGAUUUCUGGCGGGGCUGGGAUGCGUACGCGCGCGGCUUCGGCAACGUCAGCGGCGAGUUCUGGCUCGGGAACGAGGCGCUGCACGCGCUCACGGCCGCGCGCCCCGCCGAGCUGCGCGUGGACCUGCGCAGCGGCGCCGAGGCCGCGUUCGCGCAGUACCGCGACUUCGCCGUGGGCGGCGCUGCGGAGCGGUACCGGCUGCGCGUGGGGGCGUUCCGCGGCACGGCCGGGGACGCCCUCUCGUACCACUCGGGCAGCCCGUUCUCCACGCGGGACCGCGACCCG